UAUUAAUGAAAAUGACCGUCGCACGAUCAAUGAAAGCCCGCGUACAGGCGCACAUGUAUGCGCGCGUUGCGUAUUUCAUUCAAGUUCGUUCAACGCUCUUAAGGGCCUUGCUGGAAGCGUGUCAUAAACCGGGGGCGAGAAGAGAGAGAAUUGCCAUUUAUAAUAAAAUUGCUCCAAGUCCUCACGUUCAAUUUAUAUCUGUAAAAACUCGCUGCCACGUACUGUUACGGGAGCAGUGCUUAAGGGAUUUCAGAAUUUUGCAAAACGCCUUUUAUCUAGGUAAUGCAACAUACGUGUCACAAUUAUAGUACUUGAGUAACAUUGGGUAAUCAAUACGCUUGCGUUAGUAUCAAAUAUAUAUGUAAAAUAUUAAUAUAUAAUACGUAUAGAAUAUGUUAACAAAAGUUGUACGAAAUAUAAUGUAAUUAAUAUUAAUAUAAAGCAAUAAUAGUAAUUGUGGCACUCGAAUUAUAAAAUAUAUAAAACAAACAUAAAUUCCUUUGUAUUUUAAAAUUAAAAUAAGAAACACAAGUCGUAUUAUCACAAUCUUAAAUAUAGAAUUCUUAAAUAUUAUAAAGUAUUCUUUUAGGUUUACGAUACAUAAAAGUUUUAAUUUAUUAUAACGAAAUAAUAGAUAAAUAUAUUUUUAUUUCUAUUAACUUGACUCAGAGAUUCUAGUCUGUCACAUAAAUUUCUGUCUGAACUUGCGAUAUAUGAUGACAACCGCAAUGCGGUUCUUCACAACGACUGCUUAUUUCUGAUUAACCGCUUGAUUAUACAAUGAUUUAAAAAUAAAUUUAAUGCCAUCGAUUGUCAAAAAGAUAUUUUAUAACUACUUCUACGAAUUAAGAAGUUAUUAAAACAAGACUUUAAACGUUUUAACAAGAUAUGCAUAUAUCUGUCUACUUUAUAUAAUAAUGUCGACGACGACUAUCGCAAUGAUUUAUACUGGAAAUCUUCUUAAGUAAUACGUGACCACGACUAAUUGUUGUUCAUUAUUACCAUUUCCGAAGUAGUUUUGCUGCGUACUCAUAAAUUACAUUCCGUUUUGAACGGUCUUGAUUAAAAAAGUUAUAACUGCGCGUGUAAAAUCUCUGUGCAAUAUACAAAUAACGCAAAACUUAAAGCGAUAAAAAGUUUUCUACUAUGCAGAACAUAAUUUUUGUAUCACCCUAUCUGUAAUAUCUAUGAAAAAUUAAUAGGUAAGAAAAAUUAGAAUGUAUACGUAAUUACUGAUUGCUUUUUACAGUCGGAUUAACGCUAACGCUGUCGCUUUGUUUCGUAAUGCCAAAUGGCUUGUUUAAUCGAGACUGCAGUUUUUACCAACGUUUGAAGAGUGGUAACAUCUAUUACGUAUACAAUGCCGAUUAUCCUAAUGCUUCCAACGGCCGACAAUAUUGCAAGUGGAAAGCGGAGAGCGAUUAUCGUGUGAAAUUAUCGUGCAAUAUCUUCGAGAUACCUUGGCACGUCAAAUGUGCUUUUGACAGCCUGACUGUCAAAGUAGAUGAAUCCGUGGCAUUUUCUUACUGCGGCAACGAUACGUUUAGCGUAGAAUCGACGGGAAAGACCAUGACCAUUGUGUUGUCAACCGCAUUUUGGUCAUCGGGAGUUAAGUUCCUGUGCGAGUUGCAAGCACUCGAAGAAGUAGAGAAGGAUUAUAACUGCAGAUGCGGAUGGAAGAAGCCGACGAAGAUUGUGGGAGGUGUGGAAACUGGCGUAAAUGAGUAUCCCAUGAUGGCUGGUCUUGUCGAUCCUUUUCGAAGGGAGGUGUAUUGCGGAGCAUCCGUCAUAUCUCAAAGACACGUGUUAACUGCUGCACACUGUGUGAUCAACAGAGACGCAAAUAAAGUAGGCGUGCUCGUGGGAGAUCAUGAUCUUACUACGGGUGCAGAUACAAAUGCGUCACGCCUCUACGUCGCAGACGAAUUUAAUAUACAUCCUCUUUAUAACGACACGUCUCUAGAAAAUGACAUAGCUGUAGUAACAGUGAAUGGCAUUAUAAACUUUAGCGAAGAAGUUGGACCAGCUUGUCUUCCGUUCCAACAUCAGUCCGACUCUUUCGCAGGAAAUUACGUGGACUUAUUGGGUUGGGGAACGACAGAAUUCGGAGGGAUGAGACCGGAUACUUUACAAAAAGUUAUGGUGAGCGUAAUCUCAUACCAAGAUUGUCAUCGCUCGUAUCCGAAUUUGUCAUAUGGCCAACUGUGUACUUAUGGCAGAAAUAAAGACGCCUGUCAGGUGACACUGCUUUUUGACAGCGGUGGUCCCGUACUGUGGCAGAAUCCUACGACGAAGCGGGAGGUUCUCGUAGGUAUCAUCAGUUACGGACUUGCUUGCGGCGAUGAUGAUCCAGCGGUCAACACGCGUGUCGGCACUUAUAUCGAUUGGAUUUUAGAUGCAACACCGGGUGCGUAUUACUGCAAAGCCGAAUAGUCUGCUAAAAUAUUAUUUAUAAUUUAUUGUUUGAAAAUUUAUGUUUUUUUUAGAGAUGUUGCUUAUAAUAUAUUAUAAUACGUUAUUUAUAAUAUAUUUAUAUAAAUUAUUAUAUAAUUAUUACCUUUUGUAUUUUUAUAUGGUCUCGAAGCUACUUAUAGAUCUAGACUUCUUCAAGAUUUAUCAUAAAUGUGCAUUUAAUAUGCACACUUUAUAAUUCAUGGAUUGAAAUAUUGAGAUAUCUGAUCUACCUUCAACAUUACCUAAAAUACAUUUCAUCUAAUCAACUUUAAUCAAAAUGUCACUAUCAAUAUCCUCAAACUUAGAUUGUGUUACAUAUUUAAUAAAUCUCGAAUAGAUUUAUAGAGUUGCGGAGAACAAUUUAGAUUGUCCUUAAUAGCGAUUUAUGUGAUGUAAAAGAAUCAACAUUGACGGUUCGUAAACAAUGUCUCAUUAAUAAUAACUUCUUGAAUGAGGAUGUGACGUGAGACCGUCUAUGGGAGGGAAUCUAUGGUAAGCGUCCACUUACACUGACCAAUAUGAUACUGCAUUAGCUUGCUCGCCAUGGUGCGUACGUACUGAAGAUUUAUAUCAUGCGCUUAUUACGUGAAAGAGACGCAGAAAUAAAAUAUAUAAUAUGAAUAGAAUAUUUCACUUAAUGAGAUUGUUAUUCGCUAAUGCAAAACUAAUGCGAACGUGUCGGUUCCUUGUUGAAAUGAAAGUCAAUUUGUGUAGAUAACUACUCAUCCAUUAUUUAAAUUAGGACGAGUAAUAUUUUCUUUUAUAUAUUUUCUAUGUAUAUCAAGAAAUCAAUUUAUCAAUUUAGUUAUACUACUAUAAUAAAACUAAUAUCAUGUCAAGUAUAUCGAAUCAGAUAUUCAGCAAAUAUAUAUCAGUUAAUAGUUUCGUUCACGACAUACGUUUAUUAAACAAAUUGAUUUCUUCGAUAUGCACGGUGAUAUAUCCUUGACAUAGUUGUUGACCCAAUGACAAUAAAUGCGCAAAUAGGCUUUCCAUCACGAAGGAUCACUCUAUAAUAUGACAAAUUUUUGCGAAGAAACAUAUGUAUUUUUCUUAUAUAGAAAAAAUCUGCAUUUUAUAUAAUAAUUUUCAAUCAAACGAAUUAUUUACGAUUUGAUAAACUACUGACAGAAGAUGAAGAUCUAUUUUAUAAUAAAUACUGAUCGAUCCAACUUUUGCAUAUUUAUAAAAAUAUGAGAAAUCAAAAACUGUUUUAACAAAUACUUUUAUCUUUUAUAAAAAAGAUGUGCGAUAUGAAAUUAAAAUAUCACGUAUCCAACAUCAAAUACUAAGUGUUUCGUCGUGAGAACUACGACGAGCGUGCCUGUCACUGGUUUGAAGGGUUCGCAUAAUCCGCAUCUGUUCCCAAGGGACGUGUGGUGCCAUUCAGAAUAAUAGUACAAAAAUUCUUUGGAGCGGUGCGCAGAAAGAAAUUGAAUGAGCAUUGUAAGGACAAGGUGAUUAUCUAGACUUGUAUAACCACUUCCGUGCGCGAGAGGUAGUAAAGGUGUAAGCGCAGGUACGCAUUCUACGUCUCUGUACACUGUGCGUAGAAGAUGUAUAAUAAAAAAUCGAACGCGCGGAUCUAUUCAUUGUAGAUUUUCCACGCACUUCCGACAGCAGUAAAGUUGAAAUUGGACUUUUAUAAAAAGGAAAAGAAAACAAGCUUGCACCUAUGUACACCUACCGUGCAUCAUGUGUUCACCGCAUUUAACAUAGUGCAUUGUACAGCAAGGACAUGCAUCGUUCAUUGCGUGCACGCGUUGUUAUGCAUUGUAUAAUGCUGUUCCAGUCUUUUUUCUAUUGGGCAUUCGAAUCGUCAUCUCUAGCGAGUGCGCACAAAGUCUGUACGUGAUAUCCCUGUCCGUACAUAAUUGCCAGUACAAAGAUCCAGCACGUAUUACUAGGAGAAGCAACAUUCCUUUGCCAAUACAAUGGCCAACGAACUGCAACACAUGUGUUCGAACUGAUACUGAUUUAUAUCCGUAAAAUUGCUUUCAAGGUUUGCGCGAUAUUACGCAACCUCGUAACAGCGGCACAUUAUAAUCAAUCCAGGUAAGAGACACGAAAAGUAGAUAUUAUGUCGGAUUCCUCCCCCUCUACAAAAUUGGACUUGACAUUUAAUAGAAUCUAAUUAAGAGUGGGCAUUCUCCUGGAAUAUUUUAGAAACUAUUGAUUUAAAUAUUCUCAUUACUAUGUCUGUUACUAGAAAUGAUUUUGGCGAUACAGUCCUUUACGAGGUCAAAGUUCGCUGGCUACUAUGGAGAUGAAGAACGUUAUCAGAGUUGCUCAACAUACUGUAAGUAUAUGCGCGAGCGCUAUUCCAUGCAAAUCAGGUAAACGAUGAUAUACGAGCGAUGAAUAGCGAAGAACGCGGGAACAAGGUCGAAAGGUUACGCGACUGGUUACGUAACUACCGAUUGACCCGCUCUUUAUAUGUGAAUAUUAUGUGUGCGUGUGUUGAAUGUGUUCAGACGCGGGUCCCGCGGAACGUUACGUCUUCGGGAGAUAGUCUAGUAGCUAUAGCGCCAACUGACGUCAUGGGGUGAUCGCUACCGCCUUUAAUCAACGACGACAAGCUCGCCAAGAACCUGAGGAAGAAAUAGGCAGGAUGAUAGAGAUUAAUG